AAAAGCCAUUAAAGCAACUCCUCCUCCACCUCCGUUAAUGGUGGAGAACUGAGAGGACGUUGGAAACCCAAAACCAAUUUCACAAUCCACACUCACCGUCGCACACUCCGCCGUAAAAUUCAAAACCACCCAAAUCCCACUUCUCUCUCUUCUUCCCCACCAUGGCCUCCUGCAACUCCACUUUACUAAUCCCUCUCUUCUUCUUCUUCGCGUUCGCAGCUUCCGAGUCUCUAAUCGACCAAUCCGACUCAAACCCAACGGACUGCGCCGACCGUUGGAUCCACAUCCGGCGCCUCCCCUCCACUUUCAACCUCGAUCUCCUCUCCAACUGCUCCGGCUACCCCUUGUUCGGCGACCUCUGCCCCUUCUUGCCCAACCAUGGCCUCGGCCACAAGACCCACAACCGCUCCCAGAGCUGGUACCGCACCGACUCCCUAAUGAUGGAGCUCAUCUUCCACCGCCGGAUGCUCGAAUACCCCUGUCUGACGUCAGAUCCCCGCCAGGCUGACGCCGUCUACCUCCCCUACUACGCCGGCAUCGACGCCAUGAGGUACCUCUACGGCCCCGAAGUCAACUCCAGCGCCGAUCAGGGCCUUCAGCUCUACGAGUUUUUGCAGGAGGAUUUGCCGGAGGUGUGGAGUCGGAACUCGGGUCAUGACCAUUUCAUGGUCCUGGCCCGACCCGCCUGGGAUUUCUCUCAGCCGUUGGAUUCUGAUCCGCCGACGUGGGGGACCUCGCUUCUGGAGCUCCCCCAUUUUUUCAACGUCACGGCUUUGACGGUGGAGGCGCGUGCCUGGCCUUGGCAGGAGCACGCCGUGCCUUAUCCGACGUCGUUUCACCCGGCCAAUCUUUCUUUACUCGAGAGCUGGAUGCAGAGGGCAAGAAGGUCAAAGCGCACCUCACUAAUGAUGUUUGCCGGCGGCGGAGGCUCGCCGACGAGUAGCCCCAACAUUCGCCGGAGCAUUAGGAGUGAGUGUGAGAAUAGCACGAGCAAUGUGACCAACAAUGUGCAUGGAAAUGGCUUCUAUGGCGGAGCCGGCGGGUACUCGAAGCUGUGUGACAUUGUGGAUUGCUCUAAUGGGAUUUGUGAACAUAACCCUAUUAGGUUCAUGAAGCCAAUGCUGCAAGCAAGUUUUUGCUUGCAGCCUCCGGGGGACACCCCGACGAGGCGGUCAAUGUUUGACAGCAUUCUCGCCGGGUGUAUCCCCGUUUUCUUUGAGGAAUUGUCUGCGAGAGCGCAGUAUGGCUGGCACUUGCCGGAGGAUCAGUACCCCAAGUUUUCGGUGUAUAUACCAAAGGAGGAUGUGGUGUUCAAGGAUACAAGGAUUCUGGACGUGCUUAGGAACAUACCAAGAGCUAGGGUUAGGAGAAUGAGGGAGAAGGUGUUGGGGUUGAUUCCAAGAAUUAUGUACAGAAAGCAUGGAAGUUCGAUUGGAUUAAGAGCCAAGAAAGAUGCUUUCGACAUUGCAAUUGAGGGUGUGUUGCAGAAGGUUAGGUCUAGGGUUCAUAGAGGUCAAAUUUUUGUUCAGUGACAUUGUUUUUGAGUUUUUUGUUUUUUGCUUUUUCUUGUUGUCAUUAUUAAGUGUAAUUAUUAACUUGCUUAGCCUUUGUAUUUAUGUAUCCCACUUGAUUCAAUGUCAAGAACAUCUUAUGUAAGGAAAUGUACAAUUGAGACAAUGAGAUACAGAUAAAGCUGUCUUAGUUUUGGUA